GGGCAACGGCACAACGCAACGCCACCACCGGCCGGCCAAGGUGGCCUCGCCGUCGCCGCAGGCCGCACCACAGGCCGUUGGCGCUUGCCGUCUUGGAGCGGCCGGUUCCGGCAACUCCACCUGCCAAGGCAAUAAAUACCCCUGCCCUUGCGCGAAACCCCACCCACCCGGCCACUCCACGCCACCUGCAAGGGCCGCAACCCCGCCCGGCCGCGCGCCCUCUCGGUUUCCCCUUCCGGGAACGAACCGCCAUGCCUGGCCUCCACCAUUGGUUGGACCUGAACCUGCGCCCCGACCUGCUGGCCACGUCCAAGCGCCUCAGCUUCUCCGAUGCCGACUUCCCCUCCCCCGGUCGCGGGGGCUCGGUGCAGCCGAAGCCGGGUCUCGAGACGAUCGGAGAGGAGGGCGAUGAUCUGGCGCAGGCACUCGCCCUCUCGCAAUCCAACACGCCUCCGCCAUCGCCGGGGACGACCGGGCCACUGUACCCGACGCCGGGAGGGACGCCGACGACGACACCCAGUGCGCCCGUGGCGACUUCGCUUUCCCUUGCGCCUCCUGGGCCGUCGCAGUCUCAGCAAUCGCAGGAGGCGGUAGCGGCGACGAGGAUGUCGGAGCAGCGGCGCCAGGCGGAAUUAUUUGGGGAGUAUCAGCAGCAGCAGCACCACCACCAGCAGGCGUUGGCCGCGCAGAAGGGUUUGCAGCAGGCGUGGGCGUCGGCGGCAGCGGGGCGGCUGCAGUCGCAGGAGCUGAUGCUGUACACCGUGGAUGGGGGUGCCGCCGGGUACGAGACCAGGUGGGAGGAGCUGCACCCUGUCUCCCAGGGGCUGCUUCUUCGAAUCGAGGACAAUAUUAGGGAGUACAGAGAUGAUAGUGAACGAUUGGAUCAGUGCAGUCGCCUUGAUGACCUAUCACCGUUCAGUUUUGAAUUUGAUGCUGGUCAGAUUACUCAGGAGGCUGUAUCUAUCUCUACCACCAUGAAUAGAGAGAAGAUUUCCAUUGAGAGCUUAAUGACUGUCAUCAAAGAAAUUAUGUGGAACACAGGUUUUGCUAUACGUUCAUAUGUAAAGCUGAGGCCAAGGUUUGUGCAUUUAAGUGCUGGAAUUGCAAAUCACUCUGGAUCUUCUGGUGCUCAGACUGAUUUCAGUCAGCUCUUGACCACGGCACCGAGCUUUCAUUGUUAUAGUAGUGCUACAAGGCGGCCUUCUCCUUUUGUGCAACACACAAUUGCCAGGUUUGAGGAUCACCUUGGAGAAUGCUGCAAAUGGAUUCUAGAACUAGAACAGCUUGUCCAGACGAAGAAUGAUAAAACCUUUGCAGAAUCUUUGGAAUCUCUAUCAAAAGUUAUGUCUAAUGUCCAUGACUAUCUAAUCCAUUUGGCAUCUAAGGCAGAACAUAUUCAUCAGAGUGUUGAAACAAUGAAGACUCAGUAUCUGAAUAAUCGACGAUGCAGGGGUGAUUUGAGUAAUCCUUUUCUCAAGGCAAAUAGAAGAGAGGAAGCCAAACAGCAAGCAACUGCCAGAAUAAAGCAUCCGAUGUUGCAUCUACCGCCUCCAGGCCAGCCAACAACAGUAGUUGUUGUGCCAGUGAUAUCAAGCCAGCUACAACAAACUUCAUUCCCCACUGUAGCAACUUCCCCAAGAUCUUAUCCAACUCUUCCACUGCCUUCUGUUUUGCCUCCAUCCCACACGCAAACUAGCCCUGCUCCAUUAACAACGAACCCUUUAAGUUCACCCUGGCCCGUGUUGCAGUUCACACCAUUUGGUUCAUUCUCCACACUUGAGCUUGGAUCCACACAGGCUGCAUCUUUGUUAGGGACUGGCACCCCAUUUUCUGCUACUUCACUUUUCCCAAUACCGUCCGGAGGUGGAAUAGCAGCUUCAGGCAUCAAUCGUACUGGAAGGACGAAACCUGGAAGAAAUAGAAACCGCUAGCUGUGUAUUUCAUCCUCAUUCUGGAGGUUAUGGCCGUGCAGUGCUCUCUCUUACGGCUCGUGGGCGGCAACCACGUGAGAUGAUCUGUGACCUGGAUUGGGGAUGGGGAAACUGCGAAGAAGCAUCGCCUCGGCAGGUCGGCAACCAAUCAACCACCGGAGGCUGGUCCGCGUUGCUUUGCUUUGAGGUGUAGCAAAGUGUCGUCACUGUCGGGCGUAAAACUAGUGGGUUGAAUCAGGUUCUUUCCGAUCAUCGGUGGUGGGAUGCUCUGAAUUAGGCUCAUCCUCUCCCUUUCUCUGAGUGCCAGGAACUAACUGUAGUUUUGUGAAAUUUGGGGAUCCUGUACAUGCUUUGGUAUAGCUGUGAAGAUGGUGACUAUAGCAUCGAUUACUGGAUAGAAUGAGUAUAGACUUGACCCAAUUGUGUG